AUGAUAACGAGGACAAACGCCACCACCAACAACGUACACCCCUUGACAGACCCUGAGGCAAUACUCAAAGCCGGCAACACCGAAAAGAGACACAUCAAACGGGCUUCUGCCCAAUCUAUUGCUCCGGUUCCCUCUGCACCAACUACGUCAUCUGAAACCAUGUCAGAAUCGGCUCCCCCACCUGGAGGCCAAGAACAACCGGCCGGCAAUUCCACCCGCGAAUCCAACCGCACUGCCGAUGCAUACAAUAUGAGCACGGCCAAAGAGUGGUUUAAAGCCGUGCUCAAGAUCCAACACACAGCGAUAACACAGGCCCAGGAAGAUCGCCGACAAGCGUUAGAAGAUCGCCGUGCGGAUCGUCAGAUAAUUCUCGCGGCUCAUCAAGCAAGCUCGGACCGCAUCCGACGAUUGGAGGACUUACUCCUCGCUAUGAACAUCAAAAACGAGGUCAAUUCCCGAACCGAACAACCAGCGCCAGGUCGGGUUGACCUACAGAAGUUUCGCACCUCCGACGGCCCAACCUUUCGUGGACCGUUUCAAGAAACCGAACCUUUCUUACGUUGGAUUCACGGCGUACAAAUUUUCUUCGAAACAAAGAGCGCAAACAAAGCGGCGAGCUUUCUCAACAAGUCCUGGGAGGAAUUCAAAGCUCGCAUGUUCGACUUCGCCCUCCCUAAUAAUUGGUGUUCUGGACUCCAGCGACAAAUCCGUAAACUAGAGAUGUCGCAAACCGAGACCUUCUUAGAAUACAGCACACGAGCUCGCACCCUUCAGAGCUUAUUCAAUUUCGACGCCAAGAAACUAUCCCAACUCGGAGAUCUUCAACUAGCUGAAUUCGUUGUAUACGGCUUAUCUGACGCCCUUCAAGACAGGAUUCAUGAACGUCAACUCCUAGAGACAUCUCCCUUCAUGUAUGGCCAGUUCGAGAAGCAAUCCAACGCUUCGUUCCUCGCGCUGCAAAGACCCAUGGGCCCAGCACCGGUAACCAAGGCAACGCCUAGCGCCCCACCGACUCUCGGCCGUGACGAAUUCAUAUGGCGGGUCCAAGCCUUCCUGGACUCACAAGGUCUUUGUCAUUUCUGCAAGAGACACUGCGGCAAUGCCGCUGGGGCCUGUCCCGGGCCAAUUGACCGUUCACACAUCAACAUUCCCAAUGACUUCCAAACCCCGACUAAGCCUCUCAAUUAUCCUCCAGCCGGCCGACCCCCAGCUCGAGCAGCAAGUGUAGCGGGUGUCGCAGAGAUAACUCCGCUUGAGGCUCAUGUUGCCGGUUUGACGAUUGACGCGGCAAUCAGACAAGAUUCCCUUAUGGACCAUGAAUUCGACGACGAGGGUUGUUUCCCAGCCCUGGGGACAGCAGCGGUAGCUGCACUAGAGGAUCUCGACAACCAGCUCUUACAAAAUGAAAUUGAACAGGCUACUCAAGCUUCCAACAGUUGGACGGGCAACUUGGCUGACGACAUUGCGGGUUGCUAA